GACAAGUUGUCAAAAUCAGCUGUUUGUGAAAGAAAUGUCAUUGAUGAUUCACUGUUCGUUAUCGACAAAACUUUAAGUGUUAAUAAUAGAAUAAAUACAUCAAAUUAAUCGAUUUCGUUGUUAUUUGUGGAAACUUCAGUGUAAAGUGUGAAGAUGUUCCGUACUACAGGCAAUUUCGACAAGCUUUUGGACAAAGCUACAAGCAAUUUGUUGAUGGAACCAGAUUGGCCAUCGAUUCUUCAACUUUGCGAUUUAAUACGUCAGAAUGAUGUACAACCCAAACAUGCCCUAAAUGCCGUGAAGAAGAAAUUGUUUUCUCCAAAUCAACACACUGCGAUGUAUGCUCUUUUGGUUCUUGAAAGCAUGGUGAAAAAUUGCGGUUAUCCUUUACAUGACGAGCUCACCACACGUCCCUUCUGCGACACCCUCUACGACCUCGCCAAAACCACCCCUCACGAAACCGUCCGCCAAAAGCUCUUCGAACUGAUCCAAGCCUGGAAUUUCGCAUUUCGUAAAAGCCCCAAACACGGUGCUCUCAAAGACACCAUGAUGAUGAUGAAAAACGAUGGUUUCAAAUUUCCGACGUUCCGCGAAUCCGACGCAAUGUUUAGUGCUGAUUCCGCUCCCGAAUGGGCCGACGGUGAUGUGUGCCACCGUUGCAGGACCGCAUUUAGUUUGAUUCAGCGCAAACACCAUUGCAGGGCUUGCGGACAAGUUUUUUGCAAUCAGUGCAGUCAGAAAACCACCACUUUGCCAAAAUAUGGCAUUGAGAAGGAGGUGAGAGUUUGCGACGCGUGCUAUGAUUUAGCAACGAAACCUAGUAGCGGAAAGGCUGAUAAGCAGGAGAGUGAGUUGCCUCCGGAGUAUGUGAAUAGUUCGCUGGCUCAGCAGAGUCAAACGCCUCCGAGGAAAAGUGAUGAGGAGUUGAGGGAGGAGGAGGAGUUGCAGUUGGCUUUGGCGAUUAGCCAGUCAGAGGCUGAGGCCAAGGAGAAGGAGAAGUUUAAAAUGGUUAACACUUAUAAAGCUCCUGUCGAACGCAGUCCAUCUCCUCAACCCGAGCAAGCAAACCCCGAACUUGCACGAUACUUAAAUCGCUCUUAUUGGGAAUCUCUGAACCAAAAUGAAGCAGCACCAGAAGCAAGAGCUGCUAGUCCAUCAGCCCCAGCUUCGGCCACAGCCCCAGCCACCGAAAUCACCAAACCAAAACACAAAGAAAACGGCGUUGUUGAUAACGACAUCGAAGAGUUCAUCAGCACUCUCAAAUCCCAAGUCGAGAUUUUCAUCAAUCGUAUGAAAAGCAACUCAAGUCGUGGCCGUUCCAUCGCUAACGAUACCAGCGUCCAAACAAUUUUCAUGAACAUCACAGCAAUGCAUUCGAAACUUCUACGCUACAUCCAACAACACGACGACAGCCGAUUGCACUACGAACGCCUCCAAGACAAACUUACCCAGGUCAAGGACGCCAGAGCCGCCCUUGACGACCUGAGGGAAGAACACCGUGAGAAAUUGCGACGCGAGGCGGAAGAAGCCGAACGCCAACGCCAACUGCAAAUGGCGCAUAAACUAGAAAUUAUGCGAAAGAAAAAACAGGAAUAUCUCCAAUACCAAAGACAGUUGGCGUUGCAGCGCAUCCAGGAACAAGAACGUGAAAUGCAAAUGAGACAAGAACACCAAAAACAGAGAUAUAUGAUGGGAUAUAUGGGCAGUAACCAAUUCCCCCCUCCACCGAACAGCGCCCCGCCUCAAUCCGCCCCCACUUACCACAAUUACCAAUACGGUCCGAUGGUACCGCCUCAAAACCCCCCUCCCCAGAUGGGAAUCCCCCCACCUCAAAUGCCGCAACCACAACCACAUUUCCAACCAAUGUAUGGCGUCCCACCCAUCGCCAACCAACCAAUGAUGAAUCCUAUGCCAAUGCAAGCUCCGCCCCCGAAUCAGGGAAUGCCGCCUCCGGGGUUCCAACCCCCGCAACAACAGCAGCAACAAGAGCGUAAAAGCGAAACACGGACCGCUGAGUUGAUUAGUUUUGAUGAUUAAAUUUGUAUGGGGUUAUUUUUUUUUCAAUAAAUGUAUGGCUACAGCUAAAUAUAUGGUCUUUCCACUG